UGAAAUCCCUUUGACAAAGCAGAAGAAUCGUGAUAAUAUGUACGUAUCAUGGAUUCUGAAAAACAAUUAAAUUCGUCUAUUGUUUUAUUUCUUGUUUCCUGUUCUCACGCUUCUAAUAUAAUGUCGAUAUAUAACAGUACACUUGUGAAUAAAAAAGAUUCAAGCAUAGAUUAGGUAUCGUUUAAUUACCCUACACUAGAAGUAUGCACGCACAUCCAUGUACGACUAUAAAAAGAAUUUCAAAACGAGCAUUAGAAGUUUGCAGGAAUCGACGAAGUUAAGUAUUUCUCGAAAAAUAAAUAAUAAUCGAAAUGUAUUCAUCGACUGUUACGUUUUUUGUGUCGGCGUUAUGCGCCCUCUUGCUUCCAUAUUAUGUUGCAGGAAAAGUAGAAAUAAUGUCAUGUGACAAAGAAGACAUAACACCAGGAUCCAUAUCGUUGGGAACUAUAAAUGCGGGCGGCAAUAUGAUAAAGAGCUCGAACUUGGACGUUAAGGAAGAAAUAAAUCCGGGUCUUGUUACGAUACACUUAAUAAUAAACGAUGAAAAUGGUGAUUCAAUGAUGGAACAAAAUACAGAUUUAUGUAGUAUGUCUUCCGCGGAUAUGUUUAAACCUUACUUUCAAUCGUUCAGCCAACCAGAAUUUAAUGAAGGAAAUUGUCCAAUAACUCCCGGUACCUAUAACUCGGGUGACUUUGAAAUAAAAGAAAUCGAGGAUGUUGAAGGAACUUAUACGGCUAUUAUCGAAGUGUUAGAAGGAGCAAAAAUGUUGCUCCGUGUAACUUGUAACGUUAAACUCGAAUAGUACAGUAUAUAAUUAUCAGCGCAUUCAAUAUUAUAAUAUAUAGCAGUGUUAAUUAUUCCAAAUGAAAAUUGAUAAACUAAAUUUAAGGUAAAAUUGUCUUAUUACUUAUAAAAAAGGCGUAUAAUAACACUUUAGCUGUAUCUAUAUAGUGUGCUUCAUUUUAUUAUUUAGUUAUUUACUUAUUAUAUUAUAUUUUGAUGCAAGAUUAA